AUGGAAUGUCGUGGAAAAGUUUUAAUCAUAAAGUUGCGAGAAUUGAGUGUCACAUCGGAUCAAUUGUUUCAAUGGUCAACUUCAAUCGAUCUUAUUGAACGAUAUGAAAUGUAUUUCAGAAAUGAAAGCACAGCAAAUCAAACGAUAUUUCUUAAUCGAUUCUACGAUUGCACAUGGCCUUUGUUCGGCUCAUCAUGUCAAUUUGGUUUUGAUAUAAGACACAAUUCAUUUCUUGAACUUAUUCAAAACGCUUUAAUAUUACCAAUUGAUGAUGACGAUUAUGAUUUUGAUGAAUAUGAUGUAGUUAUUCGCUCAGUAACAUGUUAUACACUGUUAAAAUGUCAAUAUAUUCAUCCUCCACCAAUGUGUUUAACAUGGCGAGACAUCUGUGAUAUGGGAAAAUCGGUUGUUUGA